AGUUCGUGUCGUUGUUAUUACUGCAAGAAGGCAAAGCACAAUCCCAUCAUACCUAAGAAGCUACUCGCCGUUAUUGCUUCUGCAGGACUGUCAUCAUGAGUCCGCCAACAGACCGAAAAUCUAUCCUCGAAGCCUUCCGAGAACAAAUCCAAAAUGGAAAACCCAUCGUGGGUGCAGGUGCCGGCAUCGGCCUCAGCGCCAAAUUCAUCGAAGCCGGCGGAGGCGACCUAAUCAUCAUCUACAAUUCCGGAAGAUUUCGCAUGGCGGGAAGAGGCUCUCUCGCAGGAUUGAUGCCAUACUCCAAUGCCAAUGAUGUCGUCGUUGAUAUGGCGAAAGAAGUGUUGCCGAUUGUGAAGCAUACGCCUGUGAUUGCGGGGGUUUGCGGGACCGAUCCGUUUAAGGAUAUGGAGAGGUUUAUGAGGGAGUUGAAGGGGUUGGGAUUUGCGGGCGUUCAGAAUUUCCCGACAGUGGGGUUAAUUGAUGGGACAUUUCGCGAGAAUCUCGAAGAGACGGGCAUGGGGUACGAUUUGGAGGUUGAGGCAAUUCGGAUUGCACAUGAAUUGGACAUGUUGACAACGCCAUAUGUUUUCAAUGAUGACGAUGCGACAAAGAUGGCGCAAGCGGGUGCAGAUGUUCUCGUCGCGCAUAUGGGACUCACCAGUUCAGGCAGCAUUGGUGCCAAGACUGGCAAGAGUCUAGACGACUGCGUGAAACUAAUUCAGGGUAUUCGCGAUGCUGCGAUCAAGGUUAACCCUGAUAUAAUCGUGUUGUGCCAUGGAGGCCCCAUUGCGAAGCCUGAAGACGCAACAUAUGUGUUGGAGAGAGUUGACGGAAUACAUGGCUUUUUCGGUGCCAGUUCGAUGGAACGGUUGCCUGUGGAGGAGGCCAUAACGAAUAUCACGAAGGAGUUCAAAAAUAUAGCUGUGAAGGGGUGAAGGAUGUGGUUUAAGCUUAGUGGGACACCACCAGUCAUGUUGCCAGAUGGAAUGCCUGCUCGCGAGCCACUCUCGCUGUGGUCAACCCUGUGCCCACUCUAAACUGGGUGGUGCUCAG